AUUUGCUUUCGCUCUGUCAGUCACUUUUUCCCGAAGUGUCGCCAGCAACAAAGUAGUGUGUACAUCACACCGAGGGAUGAAGGAAAAAAAUUCAAAGGGAGGCGAAAAACAGAUAAGGUCACUUUUGCUGUCAGUUAGGUUUUUGAUAGCUAGUUUGAGUCUACCUAGCUAGCUACGUUUUUGGAAAAUGUUACCACAAUGAACGUUAGCUAGCCAUAUUUGGCGUUUUAGCUAGCUAAAUAUAAUAUAAAUGGCUAGCUAUCCAUUUUAGCCAGUUAGCUAACGUUACCGCUGGCGAGUAAGCCAUAUCUAGCUAGCUAGCAAAAGCAACACACGAGAUAGCUAGCUUGCUAUCCUAGCUAAAUAAAUAAAACGAUUUAAGGAUUAUUUUUCGGCUUUUAUUAUUUUCCUAAAUCUCCGUUGUGGUUUGACAAGUAGUUACUCCUUUAGUUGGCUGAUGGACAGUUUCACAUACGUUUUUUUGUCACUUCUCGGGCGUUUUAAGGUAUUGGUUCUGGGGCGGCUAGGCGAAGCAGGAGACUGUACAGAUGUGGCAGCCAAGUUUGUCCCCUUGUCUCCGGGACCUGGGUUGGUAAGCACACGGCAAUUUAGAUGCGUUGGAGGAGUUGAUGCUAGAGCUAACUACAACAUUUGGCAAGAAAUAGAUUGUUCGUUUUUGGAGAGAAACGAAAAAUAUCUAGCUAAGUUAUCCAGACUUAUCCUGACUGUCAAGUGUUAGCUAGCAAAUUCAGCUGUCGUCGCUGGUUAGUUGCUGUCGAGUUUAGCAGAGCUAACUGGGCCUCAUUAUCUAUAUGUCUGCUUCAACUAUAUUAACCCAAACUUGACAGUUGCACGAGACUUGCAGGCUGUGAAAUACUCUGUAGCUGCUGCUAAUGAUACAGCAGCUCGCACACAGGCGUCUUCGAAGGAGGGCAAACUUAAUCGUAGGUAACUGACUACAUUUGUUGCAUCCACAACACUAAUUUGUUUUUACCACUGGACUGUCCAUUCUGAUUUACAAAAGGGAUCAGAACAAUUAUUUGCUACUAAGGCGCCCACGCCUCAUUCAAGUCGGGCUUUUAAAUACUGCGGUGAUGACUUUAGAAUCCAUGAUGGCUUGUUGCCUGAGCGAGGAGGCGAAGGAGUCCAAACGAAUCAACGCCGAGAUCGAUAAGCAGCUUCGCCGAGACAAGCGGGACGCGAGGAGGGAACUCAAACUGCUUUUAUUGGGCACUGGCGAGAGUGGCAAGAGCACAUUCAUCAAACAAAUGCGCAUCAUCCAUGGGACGGGCUACACUGACGAGGACAAAAGAGGCUUCACCAAGCUGGUGUACCAGAACAUCUUCACCUCCAUGCAGUCCAUGAUCCGGGCCUCCGAGACCCUCAAGAUCCAAUACAAGUAUGAACAGAACAAGUCCAAUGCGCUGCUCGUGCGAGAAGUGGACGUGGAGAAGGUGUGUUCCUUCGAACAGCCCUACAUCAGUGCAAUAAAGAUGCUUUGGACUGACCCUGGCAUCCAGGAGGCCUACGACCGCAGACGUGAAUAUCAGCUCUCGGACUCAACCAAAUAUUACCUUAGCGAUUUAGAGCGAAUAGCGACCAAGGGGUACGUGCCCACUCAGCAGGAUGUGCUGCGGGUUCGAGUGCCCACUACUGGCAUCAUUGAGUACCCUUUUGACCUGGAGAAUGUAAUCUUCAGCUAUCUAAGCGAUCUGGAUCGUAUUGCUGAACCCAACUUUCUACCAACCCAACAAGAUGUGCUUAGGGUUCGCAUCCCCACCACAGGGAUCAUUGAAUACCCUUUCGACUUGCAAAGCAUCAUUUUCAGGAUGGUGGAUGUAGGGGGUCAGAGGUCAGAGAGGAGGAAGUGGAUCCACUGCUUUGAGAACGUCACGUCCAUCAUGUUCCUGGUUGCCCUCAGCGAGUACGACCAGGUUCUGGUGGAGUCUGAUAACGAGAAUCGGAUGGAGGAGAGCAAGGCUCUGUUCCGGACCAUCAUCACAUAUCCCUGGUUCCAGAACUCCUCCGUCAUCCUGUUCCUCAACAAGAAGGACCUCUUGGAGGAGAAGAUCACUUACUCCCACCUGGUCGACUACUUCCCAGAGUUUGAUGGGCCCCAGAGAGACGCUCAGGCAGGCCGGGAGUUUAUCCUGAAGAUGUUUGUGGACCUGAACCCUGACAGCGACAAGAUCAUCUACUCCCACUUCACCUGCGCCACGGACACAGAGAACAUCCGCUUUGUGUUCGCUGCUGUCAAAGACACCAUCCUGCAGCUCAACCUGAAGGAGUACAACCUGGUGUGAGAGAGAGAAAUUGAGAGAAACCUCACACACAGCACAGAGUACACAUCUACACACACAAACCUGCACGGACACACACACUCAGACACAUUCACCAACAUGCAUUUACACACACACACACACACACACACACACACACACACACACACACACACACACACACACACACACACACACACACACACACACACACACACACACACACACACACACACACACACUUGAUCACACAUGCAUAAUAUAUUCCAGGUUCUAUUCACCCCUGGUCCCAACAUCCUCCUGCUCCUUGUCUAUGGUUUAAUUGGAUGUGUUUUUCCAGCUCCAGUCAUUCCCCCCCACUCCUCUCUUCCCUGCCCACUGCAGCCUGCAUCCCUCCACUGACUUGACUUGGUGGUUGACAGCUCUCAUUUGUCACCUGGUGUGGCUUGCGUCUCUGGGUCACCCCUGUUAAAGGAGGGGGGCUUGGGGGUGGGUAGGUAGGUAGUUUGGUAGGUAGAAGUCUGUUUGAUUUGGUGGCUUGGGUGCUGGUGUGAUUUAAAGGAAGGAGAGCUGAGGUGUAGGAAAGCAGGAAAAAGCCAGUGUCCCCCCUUCACAGUCAGGAGGGUCUGUAUGGGGGGGGGGGGGGGGCUGGGCACCCACCAGUCUGCAGAGGGUUGUGGGUAACUGCAUAGAAUCGUUGGAGCAGGUGCGGGUGGUGCUGAGGUGUGGGGGGGAAGCUCAACUCUACAUGGUCUUUGAGGUGUGUUUUUUCCAAACCUCACGCUAGGCUAGAAGUCACCUUGCACUGUUGAAUGUAAAAAGUGUGUGUUACAAUCAAGUGGAUGCUCACACAUAGACAGAGCAAGGGUGGGAGAGAUUAAGUAAAUUGAUCUGUGUAUAUUAAGAAUUAUUUUAGGUGAGUUUAUUGACUAUUACUAUUGCUACUACCGCUUUCCCAAUGAUGUUAAUUAAAGAUGAACAAGACCACAGCGUUUCUCAUUUCCAAGAGGAAAGUCACAAUUAUCCAAUAGAGGAUGUAACCUACAUGAUUGGAAACUGUUAAAGUUUCCUCCUCAAUCCACUGCUCCCCUGUCCCUCAGACAAAACAUCAUUUACAUUUUUCACAGAACCCCUUGUUGAAUUGGCAGCAUCUUGUAACAUUCUAAAAUGACAAUAUGAAUAAACUGAAGCUCUAUUUAGAUUUAAUUUGUCAUGAUUUGUACUCCUUAAAAUGCUGUACCAUUUGCCAAAUGUUUUGUUUGCUGUAGAUACAAUCAAGUUGCCAGUAUCAGUUACAUCCCCCAAAACUUUUCAGAUACGAUGAACAAAAUCAACUCGUUGGGGAAUGGGGUGAUGGAGAUGACUGAAACCAAAUGUGUAUAUUUACAUGUGUGUCUUCUCUCAUAGUUGCAUUGAAAAGUUUGGUACAUUAAUUUAGGCAAAACUCAUUUAUAUUUGCCGUACUAUACCGUUUCUUUUGGACAAUUGCCUAAUUAAUUACAAUUGUUUGAUGGUGUGUUUCUGUGAAUUUUUGUUACAUUUUGGUUAUCUUCCAAUGAAGGUAAACAACUUGCUGUACUUGUGCAGAUGACAUAAAGGAGUAGUAAGGAGCAAUAGUUUGUAAUAAAGAAAUCUUUAGUGCUGCCAGCUAACUUAAAUCACAAGUUGGUCCUCUACACGGUGUCAGUAAAGCUUCUCUUUGUUAAAGGUAUUGGAUAUUUUUUCCCUAUUUGGCCAAUAUUUUGAGAAAUGGUAGUGAUAAAUAAGAGAAGUUUUUUUUUUUUUUGUCUAAUUUAUGGACCAGAGCUCUAGAUGUUGUUCAUCUGACUCUUCCUCCCUGUUUCCAUCUAGAAGUGUCUCCAUCAGAUGGGAGACUGGGAGAGACGGGGUCCAUAGUACUGUUAAAAAAAUACGAUUUUAACGGCAUGUGAUCUACCUUUCUUUAGAGACAUCAUACUUUGUAGUUGCAGUUAUGUUCUGCUUCAAUUUUGAAAUGAUUGAGAAUGGGAAGAUUCUUUUCCAUUUUGGGUUGGUGCAUUAUGCAAAUAGAAAAAAAGAGACUCAUCAGUGGUUGAAUUUAACUGGUCUGUGCUUGCAUUUUUGUAAUUUAAGAUUUUAAUUUUGUAUUGGUUUUUAAUCCCAUAUCUUGUCUUUUGCUUGAUAGUUAAGAUUCCAUAGCUAACAAUAUGUCGAUAGAUUGCUAUUUUGUCUUUAACGUAAUUCAGGUGAGUUUUCAUAACUUUUCAUUAUAAGGGCUACUACUAGCAAAGUUGACAGAGAAUUAAAGGACUCUAUGGAUGAUAUAGAGCAAUAGGUGCAAUUAAAAUGAGUGUUAUGAAUCAGGGAGCCAGUGUUGGGGUGUGUUGAUGCGAAGGGGAAGGCCAUUGCCACAGGUUGAGUGCAAACUGUCCAGGGAUGCCAGUUGGUGAUCAUUGGAGGAUGAAUUCUGCUGGCUAUUUGCCUGUAAACGUUGACCAGCCCGUUUGGGCCUGAGCAGAGCCUAGUAAAACCACGAGGGGAUCUCAUAGCUGCCUGCCUCAGCCAAUCUUUAGUGUGCUCUUCCGUUCCCACCUGCCAUUCAUGUCUUCAGCUUGGCUUUAGUCCAUUGUUGUGGAUGGUUUGUGUUUUAUGUGCCCUACUAGUCAUGUUUCUAUGCUUGACAUUUAUAUACUAAGAAAGACCAUGACUGGAAGACAUGUGAUUGCCACAGUGCUAUUUGCACUCCAGAGAGCGUUGGGUGAGAGCGGUUAGGUGAAACUUAACACUUUAGAGUUAUCAUGAUGACAGACUUGUUUUUCAUAUCUUGUAUUUUUGGUGCCAAAAAUAAUGGCCAAAUUGAGUGCAGGGUGCCCAAAUAUUUUUCGCAUUCUACUGUACAUGGCAAGCACUUACCCUGCAAAGUGAAGUUUGUGCUCUGUUUAAGAUCUUGCUGUGUGUUUACAAUUGCAUUGAAUUGCAACCUAAGAAUGUUUUGCCCAUAAUGUUGGCUUGGGUAUACUUUUCAGUCCCCCUUAACUAAUGUCCACUGUAUACUAGCCUGGCUGAAAGGUCCAACGUUUACCUUUCCUCUACAUUCUCUACCCCAGUUGUUAAAUGGUUUGUGCAAUUCAUGGAAAUAUCUGUAAAUGUUGCUUUCACUGAAGGUGGAAAAGUAUGACCUUUUUUGGACUUAAUUAAGUGCCACAGUGUUUUAAAAAUGUUGAAACAUGUUGGACAUUUUGUAAUACCUUGUCAUUUGGCCAACCCACGGUGGAUGCGGCCUUGUUGUGAAGGCAGCUUGUGAGUUGUCAGGGAUGUUUGGUGUUGCACAACUUGUAUUUGAAGGCCUUUCUUUGUUAAUUAAUGGUCCCACACCUAAUACUUUUUAUAUACCACAUUAUUUGUGAACUGUACAUAAAAAGCAGAAAUAUGAAUGCUUCCUGUACAACUGCAGAUGAGGCGUUCAACUAAAUUUGAACAGACGUUUUGUCGUGAUUGCAUAUGUCUGAACGGAUGUUUUUGGUUUAACUUGUUGAGCUUGUAGGCAAGUUUUAAUUUCUCUCUCAGGAGUACGAAAGUCUCUUGCCAGGGCAGGCUGGACUGAGAUGUUGCCAGUGGUACUUCAGAUCACCACCAACAAGGCAGCUUGUUUUUGAAUUGUUUUAGAGUGGUUACUGCUUCUCUGCUGCUCUGUUACCUCAAGAAGCACACUCCAUCCCCUUUGACCUGUGGUUUACUUUCUUAGGUAGAGUAGGGUUUAGUUCUACACGUGACACUCAUGCUGGGCUCUCUUCAUGCUUGUAACCCCCAGUGGUUUUGCAUUAAUUUAGUUACAUUGUACACCUUUUGCUCUCUACUGUAGGUAUCUGCAUCAGCUUGUGAUCCAGUGGUUUUGAGGUGUAUGAUGAGCUGUGUGGUUACUUCACUCUAAAAAACACUGUACAAAUGUCUGGCGCAGGCCUCCCUCCCUGCUGUUGGCAGAUAUGAGAAUAUUACCAUGGGUUUUCUGAGCAUACAGUCAGUGUCAGUUUAAACCAAAUACAUUGGUUUUCUCCACAUGUGGACUAUGGACAGUGUGUAUGUAGCUAUGUGUUAUGUGCACCCUCUACAGCACACUAAUUGAACAUCACAAUAACUAGUAAGAGAACACGGAAGAAGUACUGUCGUCACUAAAACCAGCACAGUGGGGAUUGAGGAAGGGAUACACUACUAGAGGCAAGUCCAUGCCAUAGACUGACUAGCACUACAGUAUAUACAAACAGUUGCCACCAUUUUCCAUACAGUUAAUUUUGAAAUAAGCCUGUUAAACUUUAUUUAUUGUAAUGCUUUGCCAAGUGAAGGUACCGAAAGAGUAAAAUACUGUAGCAGUUGGAUUUAUCGGUGAAUUAAUUAAUAUGGUGUUUUUUUAGAAUAUCAGCUGUUGUCUCCUCUUACUUGAUCUUUAAUCCUUUCUUUCUCACGGGUCAAUGCACUGAACCUGCGCUGCAGCAAUGGGACUUCCUGCAUUCAUGCAACUUACAUGUUCAUUCAAGCACGUUUUGUUGGUACUAUGAAAUGUGUAUACACUUUUGAUGGUUAAUGCUUUUUCUUGAGAUCCAUACUGAUGUGAUGGAUGCACAGAAAUGCUAAAAGCUCUUAUUGCAUCUUUUUGUUUCUUUUGUAAGGCUGAUGCAUUACCUGAACUCUUGUAUUUAGGAGCACUUAAUAUGAUAGAUUUUUAAAUAAGAGGUUAAAUAAACUUUGUGUAGUGGUGUAUAAAUUGAAAGUAAUGUUUUUUCUUAAGUAUACCAAAUGUAAAUUAUGUACAAUAAUGAAUGUGCCAAUCCCCUUUCUUUGUAGAGCCAGACUCUUAACAAGUGCCAAUGUUGUGAAAAAUCAUAAGGACCUAUGUAUUUCAUGGUCCACUUUUUAAAACAAAUAAACAGUAAGUAUGUGAUUAAGAUGAAUAAAUAAA